GUUACUAGGGGAGGCGGGGCCCUGUUACUAGGGGAGGCGGGGCCCAGUUACUAGGGGAGGGGGCCCUGUUACUGGAGUAUCCUCUCUCCAUCCUUUCCUUUUUGUUGCCCAGUUAGUGCAUUCACCAUAUUUAUUUUAAACCAGGUUUUAUGCUCCUUUUGCACAGACCUCCAUCCGAGCCAGUCAAGUCCCUGUUGCAAUUGGAAGCAAACAGGGGUUCACAUCAAAAUAAUUAUUAAUAUUGGGCAAUCUGCUUCAGGUAAAUAAAUGAAACCCACCUUGUGAAGUUUCAUUUUUCUGCCUCUCCCUUUAGGCAGGAGUGAUCAGUAUGUGUUCGUCCACAAAGGACCAGACCAGGGGAGGGAAGAAGAUUCAAGAAUUCCUCGCUGAUUUGGUGGCACUGGGGUCGCUGCAGGGUUUCCGCUACUUCCAGCCAUGGUUGCGGGGACGUGAGGAGUUGCUGCUGACUGUGGUGAAUGAGGAUUCGAGCUGGCGAUCGGCUAGUUUUCCUGGGAGUCUGGUCAGUUCUCCUGACGAGGGGUUUGGAGUCGCCGAGUUACCCUACGCUGACCAAUCUCUGCUGACAUCACUGCGAUCACAGAAGAGAAUGAGCGGCUGUGGGCACACUGAUGUGGGACUGCCUCCAGCAUCUCCCUGUGAUCGGGAAAUUGCGCUCCCAGAACUGAACUGUACCCUCUUUCUGUUGGCUUGCUAUGCCAAGUACCAGUGCCCGUACGUGUGGAUCCGAUCCAACCACGAGCGUAUCAUUAAAGCAACCGGUGGGGACUGGGCAUGUAAGGACAGCCCUCUGAAGCUAAACUCCACUCGGGAUUGGCGCCAGAAUGGUGGACAGAUUUGGGAGAUUGUGGCUGAGCUAGUGGAACUCUGCACCUGGCCGACACCAUCGAACCCUUUCACCCUGGACAUCCAGUACUUUGAGUCACUCCCUCUCAUCGAGAGGUUCCUGGCUACGGGGGCCGUGGCUGACUUCCUCCAGAGGAUUGUGAUCCAUGGAGACCGAGAAAAGCUCUAUUACACUAAAGUUUUGGAUGAGCUGGAAACCCUGAACCGAUUCCAUGUUCAAGCCCUCCACCAGAUGCAGAAACAGAAGCUGAGAGUGGUGGAGGCCGAAGCAGACAAUGAAGCGGCAAUGGACAGCAGCUUAUCCAAUGGCGAGUGACUGGGCCAUCGUCUCCUCUCGUUCCAAAACCCGGCAACAAAUCCAGCCAAGAGUAGUGUAGGCAAGUAGACUAACUGGAUAAAGGGAGGGUCAGUGGGGUCACGGAGCUGGGAGUGGAAGAUGAUUUGUAUUUAAUACCCUGGGGUUUGGGUGCAGCUGAAGUGGUGGGAAGGGAGUCACGCAAGAUUCCCAAUGCGAUCUCUGCCCUCACGUUAGGGAAGGCCUGUUUUGGGGGGGGGGGGGGGCGGCAGCAAUACUGAUCAUUCAAUCUCAACAGCUUGGAGAAGGGGGAGAUAUCAGAGGAUAGGAGAUGGAGGGACACGAGGUGGAGAGAGUGACUGACGGAGUGAUGUAAGAUGGAGGGGGCGGAUGACGGAGAGGCUGGAGAUGGAGGGAGCGACAAAGGGAUGGGAGAUGGAGAGACUGACAGACCAAGGCAUGGGAGACUUGAGGAAGAUCCAUCUGAGCAGAGGGGUGGAGAGCCAUGACGUUAAACUGUGAAAGAUAAUCGCCUAGCUUCUGAAUCACAAGCGUCCUUUCUGCCCGGGAAUUCAGUCUUCCAGUGGCUCCAAUGGACAUACGGUCUGAGCCGAAGGCCCCAAGCCAGCUGCUCACAGUUGAGUUCAGCACCAGGUUCCAAUGCUCUUGAGAGAAGCAGGGGAAGAUGGGGAAUGAGACCUGGUGAUUCUGACUGGAGUCAUGGGCAUUCAAUGAGCUAUAAAAGAGUGAAUCUAUACUGCAGUCACUCACUUCUCACAGGAAGAGGGGCAAUUGGAGAGAUAUGUUGCUGUGGAUCUAUAGCAAACAAGAUCAGAGCUAUCAGGAGUGCGAGGUGAAAAUGAGUGCAGCACUCACACUGCCUCCUCGAUUUGAUGGUUCCCCAGUUCUGCAUCUGUGUACAUUUUCAGUAAUUGGCAUCAAUUCAGUCUCUAUGGAUUUAUUCUAAUAAAGAUCUUCACUGUACCCAG